AUGUAAAAUAUAGAAAUCUUUAAAACUUGGUGUCCUGAAUCUAGUACAUUAUUUGAAUUCACUCGUUUAAUAUGUUAAAAUUUAUAAUAUGAAAGAAUUUAAAAAGAAAAUGCAGUAUUUCAUAUAGGUUAAUAUUGAUUAUUAGUUUAAGGUGAAUAAGGAGAUAAAUUCUAUAUAAUCUUAACUGGAAGAGCAGGUGUAUAUAUUCGUAGAUAAUAAUAAUAAAUAGAAGCAGAGGAAAGUGCUAUGUUACCAAAAAUUGAAAAAAUAUUAGAAAGAAUGUAAAUUUAAACAAUUGAAGAUAUUGAAUAAGAUCAUAAAUUAUCAUUUUAUGAAAAACUAAUAAAAAAAUAAUCAAAACCAGUAAAAUAAAUAGAAGCAGAAUUAUUAUUAUUAUAUGUAGGUAAUUUCGAUAUGUAUUUUACUAUUAAUGGAAUAUGUAAAUUCUAAUAAUUGUCAUAAGUACAUUCUGGUCUUUAUUUUGGAGAUAUGGCUUUAACAACUGAUAAACCUAGAGCAGCUAGUAUUAUUGCUGUUACAGAUGUCUAAGCCUUAUCACUUAAUAAAGCAAAUUUCAAAGUAUAUAUAUUAUAUUUAUUAAUUAAUAGAAAAUCUUUGAAAAAUAGAUUAAAACAUAAUAAGAAAAAAUAGAUUAUUUUCUUAAGAUGUUUCCAACUAUGACUAAAUUUAAAAUGAGUAAAUUGAUAAUGUAUUUCACAUAAUACAAAUAUCCUGUUAAUUAUACUAUAUGGAAAUAAAAUGAUAUUGUUGAUGGAUUCUUUCUCUUAAAAGAUGGUGAAAUUCAACUCUAAUAAACUGUUGAUUUUAAUCCAUUUCUAAAAUCUGAAUAGAAUCAAAUAAUCUUAUCACCAAAAAGAGAGAAAUCUAAUUAGAAAGAACUAAUUACUGUAUAUAUUUUAUACAAUAUAUAGAUAGCACAUCUUACAGGUGGAUGUUUUGUUGGUGAAACUGAUAUCUAUUUAUAAAAUGAAAAAAGAGAUUACACUGUUAAAACUAUAACUUAAUGCAAUGUAUUUGUAUUGUAAUUAGAUAAUUAUGCUAUUGUUAAGAAAUCCUUUCCUGAAUUUAUUAUACCUCUUUAAUCUUUACAAUAAAAAAAUAUAUUAUUGUAUAGAAAAAGAGUAUAAGAAAUUAUUUAAACUAAAAUAUCUAAUAUUAAUCUUCAUAAAAAAGAAGAAAUCAAAAAUAUUGAAAGGAGAUAUAUUAAUGAAAUCGAAAUUAAAUAAAAAACAUAGAAUUCAAUCUAAGAAUAAUCCUCUCCUAUUCUUAGAUCUACAUUAUAACCUAAAAUGACUAAAUAAUAAAUGGUUGAAUAAAAUUUGUCUAUAGCUGAUUAGAAUACAAAAUCUGAUAUAGCAGCUGGUAAAAAUGAAGAAUUCAAUAUGCUUAAAAUGGCUGGAGAAAACUUCUAAAAAUGUUUACUAAUAAGAGUUGAAAAAUAAUUCGAAUAAUUUUAACCUGCAAAACCUAAGUAUUUAUUAUAAAUUUAUGUUAAGAGGUAAAACACCUUAUUUUAGNAUUGAAUAAGAUCAUAAAUUAUCAUUUUAUGAAAAACUAAUAAAAAAAUAAUCAAAACCAGUAAAAUAAAUAGAAGCAGAAUUAUUAUUAUUAUAUGUAGGUAAUUUCGAUAUGUAUUUUACUAUUAAUGGAAUAUGUAAAUUCUAAUAAUUGUCAUAAGUACAUUCUGGUCUUUAUUUUGGAGAUAUGGCUUUAACAACUGAUAAACCUAGAGCAGCUAGUAUUAUUGCUGUUACAGAUGUCUAAGCCUUAUCACUUAAUAAAGCAAAUUUCAAAGUAUAUAUAUUAUAUUUAUUAAUUAAUAGAAAAUCUUUGAAAAAUAGAUUAAAACAUCUUAAGAAAAAAUAGAUUAUUUUCUUAAGAUGUUUCCAACUAUGACUAAAUUUAAAAUGAGUAAAUUGAUAAUGUAUUUCACAUAAUACAAAUAUCCUGUUAAUUAUACUAUAUGGAAAUAAAAUGAUAUUGUUGAUGGAUUCUUUCUCUUAAAAGAUGGUGAAAUUCAACUCUAAUAAACUGUUGAUUUUAAUCCAUUUCUAAAAUCUGAAUAGAAUCAAAUAAUCUUAUCACCAAAAAGAGAGAAAUCUAAUUAGAAAGAACUAAUUACUGUAUAUAUUUUAUACAAUAUAUAGAUAGCACAUCUUACAGGUGGAUGUUUUGUUGGUGAAACUGAUAUCUAUUUAUAAAAUGAAAAAAGAGAUUACACUGUUAAAACUAUAACUUAAUGCAAUGUAUUUGUAUUGUAAUUAGAUAAUUAUGCUAUUGUUAAGAAAUCCUUUCCUGAAUUUAUUAUACCUCUUUAAUCUUUACAAUAAAAAAAUAUAUUAUUGUAUAGAAAAAGAGUAUAAGAAAUUAUUUAAACUAAAAUAUCUAAUAUUAAUCUUCAUAAAAAAGAAGAAAUCAAAAAUAUUGAAAGGAGAUAUAUUAAUGAAAUCGAAAUUAAAUAAAAAACAUAGAAUUCAAUCUAAGAAUAAUCCUCUCCUAUUCUUAGAUCUACAUUAUAACCUAAAAUGACUAAAUAAUAAAUGGUUGAAUAAAAUUUGUCUAUAGCUGAUUAGAAUACAAAAUCUGAUAUAGCAGCUGGUAAAAAUGAAGAAUUCAAUAUGCUUAAAAUGGCUGGAGAAAACUUCUAAAAAUGUUUACUAAUAAGAGUUGAAAAAUAAUUCGAAUAAUUUUAACCUGCAAAACCUAAGUAUUUAUUAUAAAUUUAUGUUAAGAGGUAAAACACCUUAUUUUAGUAAAAAUCAAAAAGAUAUUAAAGAUCUUCUAUAAUAAAUUAGAAGACAUCAAUUACCUUCAGUUUAAUAAAAAGAACCAAUCAUAUUUAAUUAAUAAGAAGAAGAAGAAGAAUUAUAAAAUAAUUUACCAUUUUUAACAAUGACCAAAUAAUAACUAAGAAUAAUUAAUCCUUUAAUUUAAUAAAAAGUUGAAAUACUCAAAUAAUGUCUAAGUCGUUAAUCUCAUACAUCUAUUUCGAAAUCUAAAUCUUUAUGUUAGACUGCAGAUCAAUUUUAUAAAGCCAAACCAUAACAAGGAUUCAUACUUUGUGAUUCUCUCUUUCCAUACAAACCAGUUCAUAGUACUAAAAAUAGCAAUAAUCAACAUUAUAGUAAUUUUAAAGUUGUCUAAAGAAAUAAAACAACUUAAUAAAGUUAAAUUUAAAAAAGAUCAUGUUAAGACAUUACAGACACUAAUUUUUUUAGUUCUUAACCUACAGUCUAAUUUACAUGA